UCAGCGCACACAGGAAAAGGUAGCAGAUACACAUCAUCUUUCUCAUUUGGUGUCUCGUCUCUGCACCAUGUUCCAACUGCUGAAGAACAAGAAGCUUCUAAUUUUCCUGUUCUUCUACCUGUGCUCUGUUCCACAAGUGGGCUGUGAUGAUGUUCUCCAUGUGAAUGGAACAGCAGGAAGGAAUCGCACAGUGACAUUCACGCUAAAGAGCACGGUUCAAAACAUCGAUUCAGUUUACUUGUACCGAGACAACACAAAGAUUCACACGUUCAUCCUAUCCAACAGAUCCUGCUUUUUAUGUUUAAAUCACACACUGUCUACGAUCUGCAUCAGAAAUGUGACCCAACAACACAUCAGUCUGAUCUUCACACAUCUAAUACACAAUGGAGUGUAUUACCUUGCUGUGAUCAUGCCGAACUACAUUGUUGUAGAAAGCAACAGCGUGAAAUUGACUGUACACAGUGCUGAGUACACAACAUACACCACAGCUUCCUCAUUCAAUAUCACAUCCUUCCAGCUGGAACAUUCAGAAAAAAAGUCCAUCAUGUUGAUGGUUGUUCCAAUUCUGUUUGCAGUUGUGGUGUUGGUAAUCAUUUUGCUCGGCUUCUUUUACUGGAAUUACAGGAAGAAAACAGACACAACUCCUGCUGUGAACUCCACAUCUGCACCACAGGUGAUUCCUGUUCCUAAUGUUACCUGUGUUGAGUAUUGUGUUCUGGACUUUCCAAACCGACCUGGAGAGAAAGUGAGGAGCACAGAGGAGCGGGUGGAGUACUCACCCAUUGUAUUUCCUUCAAGAAAACCAUUACCACAAGACAAUGAACUAAAACCAACGACACAACAAAAGAAAAUAAAAAAAUCACCAAAACUACAGCAUGAGGAGAAAGAUACAGAUAAAAUGUCUGAGAAAGCAAAAACAUCAAAACCUAAACAUCACAAAUGUCAGAAAAAAUCACGCCUAAAGACACCCUGUGAUGGUCCAGGCAAAAGCACAACAUAGAAUUUGGGUAGUUAAAUAUACUGUAUGCAAUUUAGUUAUUUAAUAUAACAACUUUAUUCUAACCAUGUAUAAGGACUCAUGAAUCUUCAGGUGCUUUGUAUAUAAGGUAUAUAAGGGUCAGUUAUUACAGUUUCAAUAAUCAAAGAGGAAGCAAUCAUCCCCUCGUUCACGUCCAUUCCAAAUCUGCAAAAACAUCCAGCUGCUGAGAAAAUGCACAGAGUGUAAGGGUGAACAAGAGGAGCAUAUGUUGUAAAUAACAAAUAUAAUUUAAAUAUAUAUAGUUUUACUCUCACCAGUUCCAGAGUUUUAAACACUUUAAUUUAUACAAAAAAAAAAAAAAGGCAUCUUAUUGCAGUGUUGAUAUAUCAGUUUGCUGCCAUACUAAAUCUAAAAUCUUUAUAUAAGCACUUAUCAAUUAUUCUGUUUCUCUGCAUUUCCUCUUGUCCACCUCUUCAUAAGAGCUGUAAAUUUUUUUUUACACGGUAUAAUGUUUAGAUUAAACAGACGGGAUCGACAUGGCCGUAGACUCUAGGAAUAAAACUUGCUCAGAAUGCUUUCUUGCACUUGACGUAUGGAGAUGCUACAGACUUUUUAGUGUUUACGGAAAGUGGACAAGGGCAAGUUAUGAAUACUAUUGUAACAAAGAGAUGUUUGGUGUGAGAAUACAGAGAGAAUGUUUGUGUGCUAUUGGGAGAAAUGUUGCUAUUUAAAUACAGCACACACAACAGUACAGUAAAGAAAACAACAGUGUGUGUGUCUGUGUGUGUGUGUUAAACACCAUUGAAUUGUAAGGCACCAGUGUUACUUAGGUGACAACCACAUACACCAUGGUGUGAAAUCCCCCUCCGCACACACAUGCACACACACUCACAAACACGCAGACAUGCACAAUGCUACUGUGGUUAAUUGAAGUAUAAAUGCAGUAACUAUACAAGGCAUCUGAAAUGUCAGCAACCAAUGUGAAUAUGUUGAGCAAAUAUGUCCAGUUAAAUCUGCAAAAACAUGAUACAGCUGCUCAGAAAGUGAGUAUAGUGUAAGAUUGAAGACGUAGAGCAUACCAAUGUUGUAAAUAAAAUUCUAAAAUAAAGUGUAUGUAGUUUUGCUCUCGUUAGUUCCUGACAUUUCAGACACUUGUAACAUUUGUAAUAUAUACUGUAAAAAACACAGAAUCAUAUUGCUGUGGUGAUAUAUCAGUGUGAUUAUAUAGCUUUUGUGUGUCUCGUUUGUUAUUGUGUACCUGUGCACCAAUGAAAUCUUUCUCAAAAUGAACCUAAAAAUAUUGAGAAAGUUUUUCAACAGUCUGACUUUGUGACUUUGAUAUGUUGAAGCCAUAUUCUCAUAGAGUGUGUGAAGAUUUACAUUUUAUCUCAUGAAGAGAACGCUCUUAUUGAAUCUUCAUAUCAUUAUGUUGAGAAACCUUAUCGUUAUUAGAACCAAAUAAACAGUUUUAUUAUUACUUUGUAUGCUACUAAAAGUAUUUUAUAACAUCUUAAUCGAUGAUUAAUGAAUUAAAAUUGAACAAUUUUGUUUGUUUUAAUAUAUGACAAUGAAAUUCAUGUUAUUGUAGAGUAAAUUCUCCUCAUGGUCCUUUAAUGUACAUUUAUAUACAGCUCA